AUGACCAAUUACGGACAAAUUAAAAUUAAUGGCCAAACAGUAACAGCUCGUAGACUUAUCACCCCCGCCGAACGUUUGGUUCUUUCCAAUGUUUGUCCAACAAUUCCCCACGAUUUGAUACUCCAGGAACUACAGAAUAUUGGCCUCAGCUUUGUAUCACCUAUGGUUUUCCUAAAAAUUAAUUCAACGUCACCGGAAUUUAGUCAUAUUCUCAGUUUUAGAAGACAGAUUUAUGUUAAUCCACCGAAUUUUAAUGUCCCAGAAUCUAUAAUAAUUAACCACGAGGAUACGUCGUAUAGAAUAUUUCUAUCUUUAGAUAACCUAACUUGCUGUAACUGUAAAAAAGCAGGACAUAAGGCAUCCAACUGCAGCGAACAAACGUUUAGUAAUACUCCUACCUCUUCUCAACCACUCGCUAAUCAAAACCCUAUCUUGAAUCAAAUAGCCCCUCAAGAAGACAACGACCAGAUCACUUUACGUCAGAAUGAACCUACAACCAGCCAAAUUUUAGCUCCAGACAACGAAAAACUAAACAGCAACUUACGAACAAAUGUUACCUCAAAUAAACGCUCUGCUUCCGCAAUACUUACCUUUCCUCCACAUCCUUCCGACGCUAUAUCAGAUAACCUCUUCGUUACACCUCAAAAUAUAACUGUACCAAAGAAACUUAAGGCAAUGACACCUAAUAGCCAAAUGCUCCAACCAGUUAAGCAAUAUAUCGACGAUCAUAAGGAAUUCAUUCUUAAUUUUAACCAACUUGCUAACCUACUCGAUAAUGUUCAUGGUUCUCCAGACGCAAUAAUUGUAGUGAACGAAUACACCACGGACUACCCAAGUCUAAUCACUAUGCUUGAAUCUAUUCAUCCUUUAUUACAAGACCGAACCAUAAAAACAAGAUGCACCAAACUAAAAAAGAAACUUGCUUUUAUCAUGUUUGCAGCAGCAUCACUAAUCAUUAAUAAAAUAUUGUUUGAAGGCACUUGUCUAGGUAAAUAA